AUGAUGAUGCAAAUACUUGGGACCCUGCUGACCCUAGCAGCUCUGGCCAUUGCACACGAUGGGCCUGAUCUCAAUCUCUUUGACUAUGAUCAGCGUGGGCCUCUCUUGGGAACUUGGUUCGGUAUACCCGGGCAAAAUGCAACGUUCGACUACGUCGUUAUAGGCGGAGGCACCGCCGGGUUGACUAUUGCCAGUCGGCUGGUCAAGAGCGGAUAUCUCAGUGUGGCUGUUGUUGAGGCUGGCGGUUUCUACGAAUUCGACAACGGUGACCUCUCUGUGGUCCCAGAAUACGCAACCUUCUUCGCCGGGCCAGAUCCCAGUGACUACCAGCCAUUAAUUGAUUGGGGCUUUCAGACUCAACCCCAGGAGAGCUUGGGUAAUCGAACCCUCCAUUAUGCGCGCGGGAAAACGCUAGGGGGUAGCUCAGGACGAAACUGCAUGUACUACCAGCGUCCCACCAUGGGCAGCUUACAUACGUGGGCGAAAGAGGUGGAUGACAAGAGCUAUGAAUUCCUCAAUAUGCUGCCCUACUAUAAAAAGUCUGUGCAUUUCACUCCCCCGGACGAGAGGCUUUUCAUCAACUCGACCAACAUACAAAACCCAGAAGCUUUCAGCUUGUCUGGUGGACCUUUAGAGGUCUCGUCGGGUAACUUCGUCGAUGGCUUUGGAACCUGGUUCCGCAAAGCACUCAUUGCUCUGGGGUUAAAACAGACUGAGUUCAAUAGCGGCAGUCUGUUGGGUUCUGGCUAUUCAACCCUGACUAUUAAUCCAAUCAAUGCACAUCGGUCUUCAUCGGAAACAAGCUUUUUGCAAUGGACGCUCGGUUGUGGCCUAGGCCCUGUGAUAUAUCAUAAGACGCUUGCGCAGAAGAUAUUGUUUGAUAAUCAUCGAGUCGCAACUGGCGUCCAGGUUGAAACGGCUGGGACUUUUGGCGUUGCACCGCUUAACUUUACCCUCAGUGCUCAGAAGGGGGUUAUAUUGUCGGCAGGAGCCAUUCAGUCUCCUCAUUUACUGAUGGUAUCAGGAAUUGGUCCGCAUGACCAACUUUUCCGGUUCAACAUCAGCUGCGUCAGUCAUCUUCCAGGCGUCGGCCAUAAUCUACAGGAUCAUGUCUCCGCCGGAACGACGCAUCGUGUGGAUGUUCCAACUGUAGCCACGUUAGCUGAUGAUGAUACUCUGGUGGAGUCCAAUGUCAAGCAAUACAUCGUGAACGCCACCGGUCCACUGUCCAUCCCGGGUCCAGGUUACUUCGGGUGGGAGAAACUACCAAAACCUUUCCGUUGGCGCCUCUCCAAUGAAUCCAUCCAAGCACUCUCCACGUUACCGGAAGACUGGCCAGAAAUCGUAUAUACUGUCGGUUGCUCUUCCAAACCCGCUAAUGCGACUGCUGGUCAAAUAUAUGCUACCAUCAACUUCGUCGGCAUUGCACCUUUCUCCCGCGGUAACAUAUCGCUAGCAGGUCCAAAUAUGACAACCCCUCCCAUCAUUAACCCUCAAUGGUUGACAAACCCCACGGACGUGGAGCUAAUGGUAGGCGCGUUCAAUCGGAGCCGUCAGAUUUGGGCAAAAUUGGCCGACCUAGGCGUCGCUGAUCCGGUAGAGAUUUCACCGGGAAACAAUGUGACGACAUAUGAGCAGAUACUUGACUUUAUCCGCAGAUCCUUGACAACGAUUUCACACGCAUCUUCAACAUGCAAGAUGGGACGGAAAGACGACCCAAUGGCGGUCGUGGAUAGCUCGGCGCGGGUGUACGGAGUCCAGAGAUUACGGGUUGUUGAUGCGAGCAGUUUUCCAUUCCUACCUCCAGGGGCUCCUCAGUCAACAGUUUAUGCUUUUGCAGAGAAGAUCGCCGAGGAGAUACUGUACGGGUUGUGA